CUCUUGUUACGUAUCCGACACUGUGAAACAAAAAAAAAGGAGUUUGGAUUAGGUGUCCAACAUGAGCUCGCCGUCACUUUUACGACCUGCGGUCCUCAUCGUGUCCGACACCGCCGCCGCCGACCCGACGACGGAUCGAGCGGCUCCGACGUUGAAGGAGACGUUUGCGCAAGACGGCGGAGGGAAAUGGGACGAGCCCCUGGUCGAGAUCGUCAAGGAUGACGUCCUCGAGAUCCAGCGGGCCGUGCGGUCGUGGACGGACGAGAGCGAGUCGUCCACCUCCGGCCUCGUCAACUUGGUGGUGACGACGGGCGGGACGGGAUUCGCCAGACGAGAUUUCACGCCGGAAGCAAUCGCUCCUCUCAUCCAUCGUCACGCUCCCGGGGUCGUACACGGCAUGCUGGCGGCCAGUUUCCAGGUGACUCCUUUCGCCAUGAUGUCGAGACCGGUCGCCGGGGUGCGGAACAAGACCGUCAUCGUCACACUCCCCGGUUCGCCAAAGGGGGCCAAGGAGAACCUCCAGGCCAUUCUGAAGUUACUGCCCCACGCUUGUCUUCAAGCAGCGGGUGAGAACUCACGAAACGCACAUUCCGGCGGUGUAGAGAAGUUGGAAAAGGACGCCGGGAUGGGGGUGGGGGUGUCGGGGUCAUCGACAACCGUGACCUCACAUUCGCACUCUCAUCAUCACGGUCACGGUCACGGUCACGGCCAUGGAGGUGGUGGACACGGAGGAGGUCACAAAAUCCCAAAAGCACAUACUGACCCUUCUCAACGACCCCCGCAGUCAAACGACAUGCUUCUGGGAGCUACGGCGAGAGCUAGAUCCUCGCCUUACCCCAUGCUGAGCGUUUCUGAUGCCGUGGCCAAGAUCAUCCAAAACUCUCCAGCUCCGAUCAAAGGACUACGGGACGUCUCACCCGACCUCACGGGUUACGUGGUGGCCGAGGACAUUCGUGCCGUGGAAGCCGUUCCCGCCUAUUCGGCCAGCAUCGUCGACGGUUACGCCGUGAUUGUUCCCGACCCCAAAUCGGCACCCGAGGAUGCUCCCUCCUCGACGACCAAGGGUGUAUUCCCGGUGGCGUCUGUGUCACACGCCCAGGCGUCCUCGAUGCCUCCACCCCUCGAACCGGGUCAGAUCGCUCGAAUCACGACCGGCGCUCCCGUACCGGCCAACGCCAACGCCGUGGUCAUGGUCGAAGACACAAUCAUCGCCAGUCUGACCGGAGACAAAAAGGAAGAAGCCACGGUGGAAAUUCUCACGGACGCGGUCACGGUCGGGGAGAAUAUAAGAGACCCCGGCAGUGACAUCAAACUGGGUGAGGUGGUUGUCACGAAAGGUACACGUAUCAGUUCAUUGGGGGGUGAAAUCGGAGUCCUCGCCGCGGCGGGAAUAAGGCAGGUACCCGUCUAUCGUAAACCCAGAGUGGGAGUGAUGAGUACGGGAGACGAAGUCACCGACGUCACGGUUGAACAGCCAUUGAAGGGUGGGAUGAUACGUGACUCCAACCGACCUUCGUUGUUGACCUUGUUGAGGGGUUGGAACAUGUGUGAAGAGGUUGUGGAUCUGGGUGUCGCGCGGGACACUCCACAUCAUGAAUUGGAACAAAAGAUUCGUGAUGCUUUCAGGAGUGGUGGUGUCGACAUGGUCAUCACCACCGGCGGGGUGAGCAUGGGUGAAUUGGACCUUUUGAAACCCACGGUCGAGAGAAGUUUGGGAGGGGAGGUCCAUUUCGGGAGGGUCAGUAUGAAACCCGGGAAACCGACCACCUUUGCCAGCGUACCUUUCAAGGAAGGGGGGACCGGCGAAAGAGAACGGCGAUUGAUUUUUGGUUUACCUGGAAACCCCGCCAGUGCUUUGGUCACGGCGAAUCUGUUCGUUUUACCUUGUAUCCAGAGGAUGGUGGGGAUGAGUGGCAAGGGACUGGAGAGGAUCACGGUCAAGAUACAAGGGAGGGUGAGGUGUGACCCUGCCAGGACAGAAUAUCAUCGUGUCGUGGUAGGUGUGGAAGAGUCGACUGGCAAGGUGGUGGCAAAGAGUACAGGAAUGCAAAGGAGUAGUCGGGUCGGAAGUUUGGCGGAAGCAAACGCUUUAUUGGUGUUACCACAAAGAGAAGGAUGGAUCGAGGAUGGUGGUGAAUGUGAGGCGUUGAUGAUGGGUAUGAUUCAUGGGUUUUGAAAGGGAACAACCAGCAGUACUUGAUAUAAAUCAAGGGUAUCAAUCAACAUGGGUGGUAUGAACCAAAUAUGUUUUGAGAGUGUUGUAAGGUAUGAUGUACAUACACACACCUAUUUGGUGAUAUCUAUUUUCUUCUCACCAACUUGAUGGACAUCCUCAUCAUCACCAAUAUAGUCAUUCUUGAUGACAUCAAGAGAAGAAGUUGUUG